UGCUUGUGGAAAGCAGUGAACAAAGAUUACAAAACAACUCCAUUGUUGAUCCGAGCACCAUAUCGAGUGUGAAUGGGAUCAGAUGCUGUGGUGAUGUAGUUGAUACCUGGAGCUACCCUAAUGGAUCAAUUAUCAGAUUGAGAGGAGACCUUCUUGUAGUUACUAGAAGACCAUUGUGUGUUCGGAUGCAUUUAGAGACUGAUUCUGUGUUCAGUGAAUUCACAGCAAGUGUUGAGGGUGUGUACACUUGCAACACUCGAGACUCUGAUGGCCUACAGCAAUUAUUGUUCAUUGGCAUCUACACAACAGACAGUUAUCAAAACUCAUUCGGACCAGUUCUCACGGACAAUGUCACAGUGGAGCUACUCUCCUCCCACGUCCACUACCCGCCCUCAUUCUCACUCCACUGCCCCACAACCAGCUACCCUCCAACCACCGUCUUUUGGUCACUGGAUGUAGCAGGCAACAACAUUCAACUUCCAAACUACUCGUCUAAGAUCAUCACAGACAAACUCGCAACCAAUUACAACAACAGUUUAACAGUCAAUAAUCUCACAUUUUCAGGAAGACUAACCUUCACUUGUACUGUCACCAAUAGCAGAGGGUCAAUGAAUGCCAGCAGGACUCUACUUGUUCCGUCUGGUCCCCCUACUGAUCUGAGUGUGGGUGCCUCUGGAAGCAAUGAGGUGAUAGUGAUAUGGACUCCUCCUGAGAAUGUACUGGGCUACACGAUGGCCUACACCACUGGAGGGCCCACUGGCUUCAAGUUUUUUGAUGACUAUAUUGGCGACAAUGCUACAUUGAUGGACGUAAUAGCUGGUGAGAAGUAUUCCAUCACGAUGCAGGCUUUUGGUGAUCUUCCCGGCCCCAUCAGUAAUCCAAUUACAAUCACCCUCCGAGCUGUACCUGCCCCCUCCAUUAGUAGUGUCACCACUCUCUCCUCCACCAGUAUCGACGUGCAGUGGAUCAUACCUAACACAACUGACAUCAUCACUGGUUUCCAAGUAUCUUACGCCCCCCGGAACAAUCAAUGUAUAUAGGGAUCAGGUCGG